CACAUAUACUGAUCUGAUCUCAUGUCUACUCUUGGCCGAGGCAAACAAUGAGCUCCUAAUGAAGAAUAAUGGAGCCAGACCGGUCGGGACAGCACCAUUACCCGAAGCCCAUGAGGUUGAAAAGAAAGAUCCCAAAGAGACCUACUACGCCCAAGACAACAAGAAACCAUACGGCAAUGGCCGUGGUGGAUUCAAGAGGCGUGGACGUGACAACUCGAACGGCCGAGACGGCUACUCGACUGGCCGGAAAGGAAACCACAAUAACCGUGGUCGUGGUUCCAAUUAUGGCCGGGGUCGAGGCAGUUACGGCCGCGGACGAGGUGGCAUAUCCAAACCAUCUUACACGUCCAAGACUGCAUGCCAUAGAUGCGGGAUGGACAACCAUUGGGCCAAGAAUUGUAGAACUCCGAAACACUUGUGCGACCUCUACCAAGAGAGCCUCAAGAACAAGAAUCCGGAGGCAAACAUGAUCCAAGAAAACGUUCAUGAUGACAAAGGAUAUGGGUAUGAUGCUGACAAUGAAUCCGACAAGGACAACAAAGAUGACCUAAUGGAUUUUGAGACAUCCGAUUUGUCUCAAGGACUAGUUUUCGAAUCACAUUGUCUUAUUGCUUUAUGUCUUUGAUUUGGUGUUUUUAUUUUAUGUAAUGACAUUUAUAAUAAUAAGAGUUUUAAAACAUCUUAUGAAGUCUCUAAAGUUUAGAAAAUUUUAUUUAUAGAAUGAAUGAUGAGAUGAGUGUACUUGUGGUGGAUAGUGGCACAAUUCACACAAUACUUAGAGACAAAAGGUACUUUAUAAAUCUCACAAUGCAAAGUGCAAAGGUACAUACCAUUGCGGGUGAGGCUAGCCUGAUUGAAGGUCACGGCCAAGCCUAUGUGUUGAUGCCCAAGGGCACUCACCUAGAGAUCAAAACUGCCUUGUAUUCCCCAAGCUCUAGAAGAAGCUUAUUGAGUUUCAAGGAUAUAAGACUGAAUGGUUUCCAUCUUGAAACAUGGGAAGAAGGAAACAAAGAAUUCCUUAACAUAACUUCGAUCACCAAAGGCAAUAAGAAGAUCCUAGAGACUAUGCCCGCAAUGUCUACUGGUCUAUACUAUGCAAGGAUCAGUAUGAUCGAGGAAAAUGCCUCUGAGCUAUUCACUUUAUGGCAUAACCGGCUUGGCCAUCCCAGAACAGGAAUGAUGCGAAAAUUGAUGAUGAAUUCACAAGGGCACACGUUUAAAGGAGUGAUCCCACGCAAUCUCACAUGUGCAGCAUGUGCACAAGGGAAACUCAUAAUUAGGCCAUCACCAGCCAAGGUUAAUAAGGAAACCUUAAACUUUCUGGAAAGGAUUCAAGGAGACAUAUGUGGACCAAUACACCCACCUUGUGGGACGUUUAGAUACUUCAUGGUUCUCAUUGAUGCAUCGACCAGAUGGUCGCAUGUGUGUCUACUAUCCACUCGGAACCUAGCCUUUGCACGGCUGCUUGCUCAGAUGAUAAGGCUGAGAGCACAUUUUCCAGAUUUCCCUCUUAAGACUAUACGUCUAGACAAUGCUGGUGAGUUCACGUCCCAAGCGUUUAAUGAAUACUGUAUGUCCAUGGGCGUAAGAGUAGAACACUCCGUGGCACAUGUCCAUACACAGAACGGCUUGGUCGAAUCCUUCAUUAAACGUAUCCAGCUGAUAGCCCGGCCACUUCUUAUGAAGUCUCAACUUCUGGUAUCAGCAUGGGGACAUGCGGUUUUACAUGCAACGGAACUGAUUCGCAUCAGGCCAUCUAGUGAGCAUAGAUAUUCACCAUCCCAACUACUUACGGGUCAUGAGCCAGACGUGUUCCACAUCAAGACAUUGGAUGUGCCGUCUACGUUCCAAUUGCUCCACCACAGAGAACUAAGAUGGGACCACAAAGGAGGAUGGGAAUAUACGUAGGAUAUGAUUCCCCAAGCAUUAUAAAGUAUCUUGAGCCAACAACCGGUGAUUUGUUUAAGGCCAGAUACGAAGACUCACAGUUUGAUGAGUCCACAUAUCCGUCCUUAGGGGGAGAUAACAGCCGGUUGAUUACAAAAGAUUUAGAAUGGUUUAGACCAUCAACAUCUUGGCAAGAUCCUCGAACUAGAGAUUGUGAUUUAGAAGUCCAAAAGAUUAUACAUCUUCAAGAGCUAGCUAAUAAAUUGCCAGAUACAUUUGCUGACCCAAAUAGAGUAACAAUAUCGCACAUCCCGGCUUGUAAUGCACCUAUAAGAUUAGACGUCCAAGAUGGACAAUGUCAAGUGGCUACAGAGUCUAAGCAAUGUUUAAAACGUGGUAGACCAAUUGGUUCCAAAGACAAACAGCCUCGGAAGUCCAAGAAAGGUGCUGGAUCCGAGAGCAUCAAGGAAACCGUCCAGGACAUAGAUGGACCGGUCGAGCCGACCAGGACGGUCGAGCCAAGUGUACCGGCCACACCCGAUGAUCCGGCCGUUCCUCAAAGUGAGGUCCGGGACGCUGGGCUUCACGGGACACAAAAGCCGGACUACAAAGAGAUCUCUAUAGACCAUGUAAUGUCUGGAAAACAAUGGAACAGAAAAGAUAUCAACGUUGAUGAUUUAUUUGCAUACAAGGUAGCACUUGAGAUCAUGGAUAAAGAUGAGGAUUUAGAACCCACGUCCAUACAAGAAUGCAUGCUAAGAUCAGAUUGGAUCAAAUGGAAAGAAGCUAUAAACGUGGAGUUAGAAUCACUGAGAAAGAGAGGCGUUUUUGGCCCUAUAAUCUUGACACCAAGAGAUGUCAAACCAGUGGGAUACAAAUGGGUCUUUGUAAGGAAGAUAAACGAGAAAGGAGAAGUAGUGAGAUAUAAAGCACGGCUUGUAGCACAAGGAUUCUCCAAAGACCAGGAAUAGACUAUGAGGAGACUUACUCCCCUGUGGUGGAUGCAACUACACUGAGAUAUCUAAUCAGUCUGGCCGUGAAAGAAAACAUUGACUUACGCCUAAUGGAUGUAGUAACUGCAUACCUAUACAGACCACUGGAUAAUGAGAUACAUAUGAAAGUUCCAGAGGGCAUUGAGCUCAAAGAUAAGAAAGGUUCUCGAGAACAACAUUGCAUCAAGUUGAAUAAAGCCUUAUAUGGUUUAAAGCAAUCAGGUCGAAUGUGGUACAAUAGAUUAUCUGAGUACCUAGUGAAAGAGGGUUAUAAGAAUGAUCCAAUAAGUCCAUGUAUAUUCAUAAAGAAAUUCGACAGCAAGGGCUAUGUGAUUAUGUCAGUUUAUGUGGACGACCUGAAUAUAAUAGGAACCUCUGGAGAGAUUUCCCAAACCGUUGAAUGUCUAAAGAAAGAAUUCGAGAUGAAAGACUUAGGAAAAAUUAAGUUUUGUUUGGGAUUACAGUUUGAGUAUAAAGAGAAUGGAAUCCUUGUGCACCAAGAAACUUAUACAGAAAAGAUACUCAAGCAAUUCAAUAUGGACCAGGCUCAUCCCUUUCCAUGUCCUAUGGUCGUGAGGUCCUUAGACCUUGAGAAGGACCCAUACGGACCUAAGAAACCGGACGAGGAAGCACUCGGAUCGGAGGUGCCUUACCUAAGUGCCAUUGGGGCCUUAAUGUACUUGGCUAGUCAUACUAGACCGGACAUAAGCUUUGCCGUGAGCUUACUAUCUAGAUUUGGUUCAUGUCCGACCUUAAGGCACUGGAACGGAGUGAAACAUCUGUUCAGAUAUCUGCAAGGAACAAAGGAUCUCGGUUUGUUCUACGCCAACCGGCCAGGAGAGAGCAUGGUCGGAUAUGCAGAUGCUGGGUACUUAUCUGACCCACACCAGGCUAGAUCUCAAACAGGAUAUGUGUUCAUACAUAGUGGAGCCGCAAUAUGCUGGCGUUUUACAAAGCAAUCAUUAGUGGCCACAUCAUCUAAUCACGCCGAGAUCAUAGCCAUGUACGAGGCAAGCCGAGAGCUUGUCUGGUUGAGGAACAUGACCGGCCAUGUCUUAAGAGAAAGUGGUCUGGCCGUGGGACAAGAGAAAGAGAAGCCAAUGAUCAUCUAUAGAUUCCCCUAUUUCUCUUCAUGUUUAUCUUCAAAAGGUUUUCCUUUUUUUACUUUAGGAUAAGUAUUUGUACUCUUUCCCUUUAUCCUUAUAUUGUAAUUCCUAUAUAAAGGAACACUUUGAUUAAGUAAUAAUACAUACGAUUUCCCCUAUUGUUCACAACACUUUGCGAUUUGUGCCACUAGUUGUAGAAUUUCUGGAUGAGAGGGAUUUAUAAUUAGUUCUCUUAUCCCUUUCAUUAUGAGAUCUGAAUCUAUGCUGCAUACGAAUAUCACAAUAAUAUGAUGGCUUGGGUUGGUAUUUCGUGUUUAAAGCCUAGUUUUUGAGGACUAUACUUUAUUGGUAUACAAAAAAAAAAAAAAAAGUAAAAUCUCUGUUAGUUUAGGCAAUAGCAAGAGAAGAUCAAAAGAAACAAGAAAAUUCAAACAAGGAUAGAAAAUUAAGCCACAAGGGAGAAAAUGUAACCUAGAAAAAAAAAA